CUGCAGGUGUCAGCGUGUGUCUGAUCACCGCGUGAAUCACGGAUAGCCUGGUCGCGAUGACGCUGUCGUGUUAUCGCGAGAUUUCAAUGAAUGUCGUUAUUUCAAAGAUGGCGGCAGAAGCGGGAUCUGUGCCCGAGAGAGACACAGCAGAAGGAGAUGCAUCAUUUGGAGAUCUGACCACAAACAUGGAGACGGAGUCAUCGAGUGGAAAAGAGACUAUGGACACGGCGGGGGACAGUUCGGAGGCGGCGGACGCACAGACAGGGUCUGGAGAUGAUGAGAACGGCCGUCAGCUCGGGGAAGUGGAGCUGCAGUGUGCUCUGUGCAUGAAGUGGUUCACGGCGGACACGUUCAGCAUCGACACGGCAAAUUGCCUGCCGUUCGUCACCAAUUAUGUGUUUCACUGCAAUGUGUGUCACCACAGCGGAAACACCUACUUUUUGAGGAAACAAGCGAAUCUGAAGGAGAUGUGUCUCACUGCUUUGGCAAAUCUGACCUGGAAGUCCAGAACUCAAGAGGAGCAUCCCAAAACUAUGUUCUCUAAAGAUAAGGACAUCAUACCUUUCAUUGACAAAUACUGGGAGUGCAUGACGACCCGUCAGAGGCCCGGCAAACUCACAUGGCCUAAUAAUAUCGUCAAGACUAUGAGUAAAGAGCGUGAUGUGUUCCUGGUGAAAGAACAUCCAGACCCCGGCAGUAAAGACCCUGAAGAGGACUAUCCCAAGUUCGGCUUGCUCGAUCAGGAUCUGGCCAAUAUUGGACCGUCGUAUGACAACCAGAAGCAGAUGACGGCUAUCACGGGCUCUGCAGGGUUAAAUGCUGUGCGUUGUAUUCCAGGUGGAUCGACUUUUUCAGGUGGGCUUCCUCCAGCUGCUACGGGUAAAGGCCGAGGAGCCAAACGCAAACAACAGCAGCAACAGGAUGCAGCCGCGGCUGGAGCGGCCAAGAGAACACGCAGUGAUCCGCUGUUCUCAGCGCAGCGCCUGCCACCUCAUGGUUAUCCUCUCGAGCACCCCUUCAAUAAAGACGGGUACCGCUACAUCCUAGCCGAACCGGAUCCCCACGCUCCCGACCCGGAAAAACUGGAGCUGGACUGCUGGGCCGGGAAGCCCAUCCCUGGAGACCUGUACCGCGCGUGUCUGUACGAGAGAGUGCUGCUGGCGCUGCAUGACCGAGCUCCGCAGCUAAAGAUUUCAGAUGACCGCUUGACGGUGACCGGAGAGAAGGGUUACUCGAUGGUCCGAGCGUCUCAUGGGGUCAGAAAGGGCACGUGGUAUUUUGAGGUCAUUGUGGAUGAGAUGCCACCGGACACCGCGGCUCGACUGGGCUGGUCACAGCCUUUAGGAAACCUUCAAGCUCCUCUGGGUUAUGAUAAGUUCAGCUACUCGUGGCGCAGUAAGAAAGGAACACGCUUCCAUCAGUCCAUGGGAAAGCAUUACUCUGACGGAUACGGACAGGGCGACGUCUUGGGCUUCUACAUUGAGCUUCCAGACGGCACCGAAACCGCUAAGGCUCUGCCUGACACAUACAAGGACAAAGCGCUGAUCAAAUUCAAAAGCUACUUGUACUUUGAAGAGAAAGAUUACGUGGAUAAGGCCGAGAAGAGUUUAAAACCCACCAGCUCCAGUCGAAUUAUAUUUUUUAAGAACGGAGUGAAUCAAGGUGUGGCCUACGAGGAUCUGUUUGAGGGCAUGUAUUACCCCGCCAUAUCCCUCUACAAGAGCUGCACGGUGUCUGUUAAUUUUGGACCUCACUUCAAAUACCCACCGAAAGACAUCAAGUAUCAGCCGAUGAGUGACAUGGGUUGGGCUGCUGUGACUGAACACACACUGGCUGAUUUGCUGUACCAUGUGGAGACAGAAGUAGAUGGGCGACGGAGCCCCCCAUGGGAGGGUUAAAUCCAUGCCAAAUCCACCACCCAUAAGGCUGAAAACAGAAGUCAUUCAGAAUCCUGGCUGGAUAAGGAGCGAUAUAUGGGAUCAGCUGACUGCCCCCUGUGCUACAACAAUGGAAAUACAAAGGAGACAUUUUUUUACUUUUAUUAUUGUGAAUUAUAUUUGUCAAUGGCAUUAAUAUUCAAUGUUAUAAACUGAAGAAAAAAAAUUGACAACAUAGCUGAGAAUCUUCACCAUAUUUGGCAUGACAUUCCUUUUUAAGAGCUAUUUGUGGAGCUAUAAAUAUCAUAUGACAAAAGUUACUGGAAUUUUGCAACAGGUGGGAGUUAUUUAAAUACAAAAGUGUAAGUUGUAGCCUAAAUAACAGAAUAUUAUAUUAAUCAAAGCAGUAUUUUUUGUUAACUGUGGCUUUUGCAAAGUCAGAAUUGUAAGAUAUAAACUCAGAUUUAUAUCUCAGAAUUAAUAAGAAUUGUGACUUAGCUCACAUUUCUUACUUUUUUCUUGCAAUCAAAUCAAAGUUUAUUUAUAGAGCACUUUUUUUAAAACAAGAAUUGUUCACUAAAGUGCUGUACAAGCACAAAGCUAAAAUAACAGAUAUUAACGCUAACAAAACACAUAAAACAGCUCUUACACUGAGUUGAAUGCCAGAUAUUAAAAAUAUGUUUUAAGACUGGAUUUAAAAACAGCAAGUAUCAUUUAGGGGCAAGUUAUUCCAGAGAUUUGGAGCUGCGAAAGCAAAAGCCCAGUCACCCCUGCUUUUGGUCAAGGUACAACCAAGAUUGAUGGAUCAUGCGGUUGUAUUAAAUCAGAAAGGUCAAGGUCAAGAUAAAAGCAUGUAUGACCCUUUCAAAAUCAUUAAAAGACAAUAAAGACUUGACUCCUGAUAAUUUCCUCAACUGGAAAAUAAAAUAAGGUCCUAGAAUAGAACCCUGAGGGACACCACACCAGAGAGAGAUGCAGAGAAUGACACAAAAUCUCCCAAGGCGAACUGAGAAACUUCCGUCACAUAGAUAAGAUCUAAACCACUCCAGCGCAGUUCCCCAAACUCCAAUGUAACGCUCCAACCGAGAAAUCUAGGUGUUAUGGUCUACAGUGUCGAAAGCAGCCUUAAGAUCCAGUUUCUGUGCUGUGGAGGGAUUUAAAACCAGACUAAAACACUUGCAGCAAACCAUGUUGACUUAAAAAGUAUCGUAAUUGAUUAAAACAACCUUCUCUUAUAUUUUGGAAAGGAACGGAAGUUUUAAGAUAGGUCUAAAAUUAUCAAGAAUCAAGGUCUCCAAAUUUGAUUUCUUAAUCAAUGGUUCCACUAUUGCAUGUUUAAAAUUUUUAGAGGUACAACUGAGGCAAGAUUACUGUUUAUGAUUUCCUAAAUUUUCGGUCCAAGGGUUUCAAAAACAUUCUUAUAAAAUCAAGAAGGAAUGAUAUCUAUUAAGCAGGUAGCUGGUUUCUUUUUAGCUAAAAUGUCUCUCAAAAAGGAAAGAGACAACUGGUCAAAAACAGCAGAGCAGAUAAUGGUGAAUGAUGAAUCAAAAAGUACUUAAACUUUUCCAUUUUAACAGUCUUUUGAUUUUUGGCAGCAAAGUUCCUUGAUUAUUACGGCGCAAUGAGAGUAUAGUUCCUAGCCAUAUCAGUUUAGAAAAUGGUAACUUUUCAUUGUUCGUCGGUCUUAGUACACGAUGUAAGUACAGAAGAUUCAAGUUUUAAACAGGAAAAAUAUUGAAACUCUUUGGUCAUUUUUGAG